UGGUGAUGAAAUUGUGGGAGGAGGAAGUGAGACAGAGCAUAACAGAACACAACAAAAACAGCUGAUGGUGGGAAAAGUGCGUGAAAAUUAAAUUAAUCCGGCUUUUAAAAGAAAUAAAAUAAUUUCCCGAGAACAGAAAGAGAGAGAAUGGAAGGAAAUUCCUUGGAUGAUAAUAUUUGGACAACCAAUGCGGGAUGCAUUGAGACGAGACUCUCAAAAUUCAUUGAUAACAAUUUCCUGGCCGAUAUGACCUUCCUGGUGGGACGGGAUAGGCAGAAAGUGCCUGGGCAUAAAUUCAUUCUGAGUACAUGCAGCUGGGAGUUCUACAAUGUCUUCAAUCUCCUGCAAUUGGAUAAGAAUGAAUUGCUUGUGGAGGAUGUUGAGUAUCCGGCCUUCCGGAAUUUCCUCACAUACUGCUACACUGGGAAAGUGGUGCUGAGUGAGGAGAACACCUUGGAGAUUCUCAAGUUGGCGCAACGAUUCAACAUGGAGCACCUCAUUGGGAUCUGUGAGGAGCACAUUGGGGCGAAUGUCACGAAGAGAACGUGUAUGGUGUUGUACAGCAAGAGUAUGUGCCUGAAGCAGGAUUCGGGGCUCAAGGAGAAGAUUCUCAGCAUGAUUGAGGAGAAUUUCUCCUACCUCGUACAGGAUCGUGCCAUCAUGAAGACCUUCGUGGAUCUCCCAUUGGCAGCUGUUAGGCAAAUUGCUGCCUUGGAGCACCUCCAGUGCGAUGAGAUGGAACUCUUUGAUGCUCUCAUGAAGUGGGCAACACACAUGUGUAGGAAGCUAAAAAUUCCCGAUGUGCCGAAGAAUCUGCGGAAGAUCCUCUGUGAUGUCUUCUGCAUGAUUCGUUUUCCCAUCAUGAAGAUUGAGUGGUUCCUGGAGAUACUCGCAAAGUACCCCGAAAUACUCACACCCAGUGAAAUUGCCCUAAUCUCCCUCACAAUCAGAGGUGACGUCAAGUCAUGUUCAAAGUUCAGCAACAAUCCGAGGAAAAAUAUCAUUCCCAUGCUGAGGAAUGCUAUGAAAUUGGACAUUGCUGAGGGAAAACUCAUCCCAUGCUUCCUCAAUACAAUGCAACCCAUGAAUGUGGCAGCAAUGGAGAUCACAGUUAAAUUCCGUGGCGAUAGACCCGGUGUUCUCAUUGGUUAUGCCUUCAUUGCGAAGAAGGGGCAGGAAGUGAAUCAGGUGUCGUGCAAACUCAGGCAGGAGCAGGGACGUUCGGAGACCUUUCAGGUUCAGGGGAGAUCCACAGCACUCGGUAAGAGGUACAAGCUCAGCUGGGACUAUGACCUGAUGGUCGUUUGUCUGGGGCGGAAGAUGAGCAUCAUGAAUAGGAGCAACGUUUGGAAUGAGCUUAUCUGUACCUUUGAUAAGCCCGUGGUUCACAUAACUACCGAGAAUACAUCCCCAUUUGUCGGGGAGACGCACAUCAAUGGAAUUUAUGUUAUGAACAGCCAAUCUGCCAUUGUUCCUUACUUGAUUUUUGAAUAAAAGAAAACUUUGUAAUUUUC